AGGGGCGGAGAGAGGGGAAGACUCGAAUAAUUCGUGAUAAAGACCCCCUCUUUUCUUGACGACUCGAACGUACCUGGAGGGUACCGUUAUAUCCGGCGGAGCGUUGAACCACCGUACUCUGAAAAUGUGUAUUCGAUAUAGAACCCCGCUGGUAGGAUUUCUUCGUUGCACACGAAAUUCUGUUACCUUACGGUCUUCGUCGUAGUUGUUGCUGCUACCGUUGUCGAUCUUUGUGUUUGUUCUGCCGCGAUGCUACGUGUACAUUUUUUUUCUCACUUCAAAUCGACAGUUUGAUGUCAUAAGCAAGCGAAUUUUAUUCAAAAUAACCAAAAUUUUGUCGCGUUGUCAAAGCAUGACGAUGGAUUGCGAAAACUGCAGUGCACUUUUGAUUAUUUGCUCCAUUUCAUCGCUUAUAUUUUGGAGAAAUUGAAGCGUUUAAAAAUAUCUAAUUAAUAGUGUAAAAUGUGGAAAAUUUAUAAUAAGAAUUUUCAUUUUGGAAUUUCUUCUUCAUCAACGUAUUGUGAACCUUCGACGAACGUGUUCCUCAAUCUGUGAUGUGUGCUGAAUAAAUUGUACUUGUUACUUUACUUUCCACACUUGUUUCGAUCUCUUAUGUGGUAUUUUUUAAUUCCGUCUCUACGAUCAAGUGCGAAUUAAUUAACAUAAAUAAAAUAAGAAAGGAUUCGUAAAGAUUGAGGGAAUGAAUAGCGAUUAAAACAUAAAAAGAUCGAAAAAUGGAACGAACAGGUGAUAAAUGGAUGAUGACGGAUGCCGCGGUAACGAAUAACAUCGGACGAUCGAAUGGCGUCAAGCAGGUUGAAACGAAGACAUUGAAGAGUAAAUUUUGGGCUUAUUUUUUAUGGCUCUUCGGGGGGUGGUUUGGCGCACAUCACAUUUAUCUUGAGAGGGACGAACAUGCUUUUGUUUGGCUUUCCACUUUUGGUGGUUAUUUCGGCAUCGGAUGGUUCAGGGAUUUGUGGAGGAUACCGACCUACGUUGCGGAUGCUAAUGAUCAACACGAAUACAUCGAGUGGUGGAAAUUUCAGAUGAGGACUAACAGAAAGCCAGCUUUUUCGACCGUACGUUUUCUGGGUGCCUUGGCUGUCGGAUACUUUUGGACGGAAUUAUUCUACCGAGCCAUACCAGAAGAUGAAAUCGGAGGAAUCAAUUUUCGCCAUCUCAUUAUCUUGUUGCCGGGAGUUGCAACAUUAGGUGUUUGGGUGGUUGGAAACAUUGGAAGAGAACAGGGCUCGAUAUGGAUUCCAUUGAUUUGCACUUACACGUUGUAUCCAACGCUCUAUUAUAUCGGCGACGAAAGUACGUGGAUAUCUCUUAUGGCCGUAACAGCAGCCCUCACCUUCGAUACUUUCAGUAAACAAUGGCGGUUGAAACCGCGCUCAAGAAGGUCGAAAAAACGUAGAUUUAUUAUAUUCACUUCUGCAAUCAUCAUUUACGCUUGCAUUUGGGCGAGUUUUCUAUAUUGGAACGCUUCGAUCACUGGCACCGAUGGGGAAGAAAUCAAACUGUCCGAAGCCAUCCGCCACCUUUUCACGUCACCGAUUUGGCUCGAUCUGAAGACGAGUUUGUGGGCGACCUGGGAACAGGCGAAACAUCAAGGCUUCUGGGAAACUUGGAGAAAUUUGGUUGAUCUCGCUGAUCCGAAAGGAGAAAUCAACGCUUAUUCGAUUCUCGGACUGUCGCAGACGGCAUCGCAGAGUGAAAUUUCCGCGAGAUGGAGAGCAUUAUCGAAGGAGCAUCAUCCUGACAAGGUGAAAGGCACUGAGGAGGAGCGUCGAGCUGCUCAAGAAAAGUUCAUGGAAAUUCAGCAGGCUUUUGAGAUAUUGUCAAGCAAAAAGCAUCGUCGUCAGCAAAAGAAUCGACGAGCUGCUUCGAGUUGAGCAAAACUCUAAUUCAACCAAAAGACGUAAAUGAAAAUCGUUGAGGAAUUCCCACGAAAAUUGUUGAAUAAUAUUCUAGGCAAAUAUUUAAUGCAUGUUGGGGCGAAUCUCAUGAUCGAUAUUUCAAUAAUAAACAAAAAUUUAGUUAUUAAUGAAGAAAUAUUGAUUUAUCAUCAUAGGAAUAACAAUAAUGUCGAUAAUAUACAAUUUUCUGACAGAAAUAAAGAAUUUAUACAAAAUUGUUACACUUUAGUGUUAUAAGAGCGUAAAAAUGUACGCGCUUCUCAUUUAAUUUUGGAUAAGUCCAGCAAACACAACGACAAAUGCUGAAGGGCUGCAUCGUAGUUUGAUAAAUAAUGCGAAAUGAGUCGAAGGCAGUGAAAGCAGCGGGUCGAAACGAUUAUUUCGAUUUGUUGUACGAAAUUGUAUUUUCUUUUAAAAUAAUUGAAAAGCUGCUGCGUUUGUGAAUAUAACAUUGACGAAGAAUUUGUACAAUAUUAAUCAAUGAAUAAUAUUUGACUACAGUCUUGCGCGAGACUAAUUUAUUUA